CAGCGCGGGGGGGGUCUGGGGUGGGGGGGGGCAGCGGGGCGCGGGGAGGUCCCCGUCGGGUGCGCGCAGAUGGCGACGCAGGUGGAGGCGCUGCUGCCCGGCGCCCCUCUGCUGCCCGGCGAGGAGCGCGCCCUGGUGCUGAAGCCGCCGCAGGACGGCAGCCGGGAGAAGGGCGAGCCGCCCAUGGGCCCCGACGGCGGCCUCGCGGCGCCGCGGCCGCCCAGCGCUAAGCAGCAGAAAGAGGAGAGCAACAACCAGGAGAAGGAGAGCCUGCUGAGGGCCGGCGGCGAGGCGGAGGACGGCGGCGAGGCGGGCGGAGCGGGACGCAGGGAGUUCAUCGAGGCCCCGCCGCCCAAGGUGAACCCCUGGACGAAGAACGCCGCCGCGCCCGCGGUCAAUGGGCAGUCGCCUCCAGAUAUAUUCCCAGCUGACGGCCAGUCUGAACAUACAACUCCUGCGAAGGUGGUGAGGGCUGCCAACCCCAGACCGCGGAAGGGAAGCAAGGUUGGUGACUUCGGUGAUGCCACAAACUGGCCAACACCAGGAGAGAUAGCCCACAAGAGCGUCCAGCAGCCACAUAAGGCACCAUCCCUUCGGAAGCUGCCUGUCAAGAAAGACAUGAAAGAGCAGGAGAAAGGAGAUGGGAGCGAUGGCAAAGAGAGCCUGAAAACCAAAUCAGAUGAGUCUGGGGAGGAGAAGAAUGGUGACGAUGACAACCAGAAGUCAUCCCAGAAGAAGAAAGGCAACAAACACAAGUGGGUCCCUUUGCAGAUAGACAUGAAGUCAGAGGUGCCUAGGGACAAAACAGCCUCUCGGAACAACCGGCAAAACGAGCAGCACAGGCACCCCUCCAACAACCGCAGCGAGCUCAAAGGCUGGCACCCGGACAACAAGCACGAGCGCAGCUGGCAGGACCAUGAUGAAACCUCCAGCGUGAAGAGUGAGGGAGGAGCUGUGCGAGGGACCUUCCGGGGCAGAGGCCGGGGCCGCGGCAGGGGCCGUGGCCGGGGCAGAGGAGGGCACUUUGAUUACCAGUAUGGGUACCGGAAAUUUGAGGGCUCGGAUGGCUCUCGCACGCAGAAGUACACCAGCAACAUCACUUACUACUUUGACAACAUCAGUAGUGCUGAGCUCUACAGUGUGGACCAGGAACUGCUCAAAGACUACAUCAAGCGGCAGAUUGAAUACUACUUCAGUGUGGACAACCUGGAGCGAGACUUCUUCCUGCGCCGCAAGAUGGACUCAGAUGGUUUCCUUCCCAUCACCCUGAUUGCCAGCUUCCACCGGGUGCAGGCGCUGACCACUGAUAUCAGCCUCAUCAUCAAGGCUCUGAAGGACAGCAAGGUGGUGGAAAUCGUGGAUGAGAAGAUAAGGAGAAAAGAGCAGCCAGAAAAAUGGGCUCUGCCUGGCCCUCCUAUGGCAGACUACACACAGACUGACUUCUCACAGUUCAUCAACUGCCCUGAGUUUGUGCCCCGGCAAAGCUUCCAGAAAGAGACAGAGUCUGCUCCUGGCUCCCCGCGUGCUGCCAGCCCAGUCCCCACCAAAACAGAGGAGGUCAGUAACUUGAAGACAAUGCCCAAGGGCCUGUCCACAAGUCUGCCAGACCUGGAUUCAGAGACAUGGAUUGAAGUGAAGAAGAGACCUCGGCCCUCGCCAGCCAGGCCCAAGAAACCAGAGGAGUCAAAGACACUGCAGCAGCAAAAGCAGAAGGACCAAGAUGAGCCAGAGGAGCUAGACUUCCUGUUUGAUGAGGAGAUGGAGCAGAUGGACGGCCGCAAGAACACCUUCACUGACUGGUCAGACGAAGACUCUGAUUACGAGAUUGAUGACAGGGAUGUAAACAAGAUCCUCAUCGUGACACAGACGCCUCCCUACCUGCGCCGGCAUCCUGGCGGGGACCGGACUGGCAACCACACAUCCAGGGCUAAAAUGAGCUCGGAGCUGGCCAAGGUCAUCAACGAUGGGCUGUACUACUACGAGCAGGACCUGUGGACAGAGCAGUUUGAGCCAGAGUAUUCACAGAUUAAGCAAGAGGUGGAGAACUUCAAGAAGGUGAACAUGAUCAGCAGGGAGCAGUUUGACACCUUGACUCCAGAGCCCCCAGUGGAUCCAAACCAGGAAGUCCCUCCUGGUCCCCCCAGGUUCCAGCAAGUACCCACAGACGCUUUGGCUAACAAGUUGUUUGGAGUCCCUGAACCUUCAACCAUCGCCCGGUCUUUGCCUACAACUGUACCAGAAUCACCCAACUACCGCAACACCAGGACCCCCCGGACCCCUCGCACGCCUCAGCUGAAGGACCCAACGCAGACGCCGAGGUUCUACCCAGUGGUGAAAGAGGGAAGGACGAUAGAUGCCAAGACUCCACGGAAGAGGAAGACAAGGCACAGUUCGAACCCUCCGAUGGAGUGCCACGUGGGCUGGGUGAUGGACUCACGGGAGCACAGGCCACGAACUGCGUCCAUCAGUUCCAGCCCCUCGGAGGGGACCCCGGCUGUUGGAAGCUAUGGCUGCACCCCGCAGUCCCUGCCUAAGUUCCAGCAUCCUUCGCACGAGCUGCUCAAGGAGAAUGGCUUCACACAACAUGUCUACCACAAGUACCGUCGGCGCUGCCUUAACGAGCGGAAACGACUGGGCAUUGGUCAGUCCCAGGAGAUGAACACACUUUUCCGGUUCUGGUCCUUCUUCCUCCGAGAUCACUUCAACAAGAAAAUGUAUGAGGAGUUCAAGCAGCUUGCUGUGGAGGACGGGAAGGAGGGAUACAGGUACGGUCUGGAGUGCCUUUUCAGAUACUACAGCUAUGGGCUGGAGAAGAAAUUCCGGCCAGACAUAUUUAAGGACUUUCAAGAAGAGACCAUCAAGGAUUAUGAAGCUGGACAGCUCUAUGGGCUGGAAAAGUUCUGGGCCUUCUUAAAGUAUUCCAAAGCCAAAAAUCUGGACAUUAACAGCAAACUGCAAGAAUACCUCAGCAAGUUCAAGCGCCUCGAGGACUUCCGAGUGGAUCCACCCAUGGGGGAGGAAGGUGGACACAAGAGAUAUCCGACGACAUCAGGGGGCGAUGGCAGGAAGCGCUACCCAUCCCAGUCUUCCAGCAAAACGGUCAGCCAGUGCCCAUCCAGCCAAGCCCACGCCUCACCCAGCCAGCCUGCACAAGAGGAUGCCAAAAACCUGAGCCAGCAAUCCCCUGCCCCGGCAGCUGCAGAAUCGCAGACAGUGGGGAAGUAGAGAGGCUGCAGCAUCUGCUUCCUGCCAGGGGAUGGGGUGGGUUUGUGGGGGACUGGCUCGGAGAAGGGGAGACAUGAGGAGGUGAGACAGGAAAGGAGCUGGAAGGUGGGUGCCCAGGAAUAGGCUGCUCUGGAGAAACCUUCAACGCACACGAUUUCUUUUCUCUUGUGGCUGGAAAGCAAGGAUGAUCUGCAUCUGAAACACCAUUUUGCUAUUACAACACCAUGACCAGAGCCAGACCCGCUCCCAGCAGACCCAACCCUUUGCUUUCCCUUUUCUCCCCUCCUGUGCGCACACUCAUGUCUUGGUGUCUCUUCAAACAAACAAACACGUUCUGGCUGGGUUUAGAAAGGGGAGAUUUUUUUAUUAUUAUAUAUAUAUAUCAAGUUUUAAAUUAUUGCUAGAAGUUUGUCUGGAUUUACCAAAACAAGUCUGCUCUGUGCGGCCCCAACGCCUCCCCUUCGUGUCCCCUCUCGCAUCGCAGGGCAGCCCGCUCAGGAGGCUCGGAGGAGCGAGGUUCCCUAUGGGGGACCGAUGCCACAGCGAUGCUGCGGAGCCUCUGAUCUCCAUGACCUGGCUGACAUCUCCCAUUCCACGUACGGCGGUGCCCCUCCGCCGCAACAGGAGCAUCGUCCUGUUCGUCCUCCUGGUCCCUCCUUCCCAGUGUCUUCGCCUCCAGCCUUCCCAAGGGUCUGGCUCUCCCUCUGCCCACCUCUCUCCCUUCUGUCACGGACAAUUUGGAAGUCAACCAAAGGACCUUUGCCAAGGAUAGGCUUGUUCUGACUCCUUUCCUGCAAGGACAGCUAGUGGGAAGCCAGCAGGUCACCUGGACUCGAGCCUGCAUGGACGGCGCACCAGCUGCCCCAGGAAUGCCCAUUGCAUGCAAAGACAGGACUUUGCUGGAGGUUUUUUUUCUCUUCCUUUUCCCUUGAAAAAAAACGAAACAACAACAAAAAAAUACCCAAAAUCCCUCAAAAAAACAACAAAAAAAACUUUCUAAAGACACAUCUCCCUUUGCUUUCUUCCUUGGAAAUAUUAUUGAAGAAAAAAAAACAACAAAAAAACCCAAAAAAUAAUUAAAAACAACAAAAAAAAGUUGCCUUAUGGUGGAGCUGGCCUGGGGCAGCCGCUGGCUCCCUGCACCCCAGGGCACGCUGGGCUCCUGCUCCCCUCGGCCCAGAGACUCCUUCCGGCACUGCUGCCGAGCUGAUCCUGCCCCGCGGCCUUCCCUCCGACCCCGCAGCUCGCCCGGAGCCCCUGCAGCCCUGCUCCUCACGGGGGAAGCUGCCGAGGACAGUUGAAUCCAAGACUUGUGCUCGCAAAGUAGUUGAAGCCGCUCCGUUGUGUAUAGACCAUUGUAGCAUCCUCCCUGCGACUGCACGUGCUGGUGGCCCGUCUCCAGGCAAGCUGGGGCUGGAUGUGGCUCUGAUCCUGUCUGUGUCUCCAGUGUGGUCAGGGGGGUCACAGCACCUGGAGGGACUGGUCCUUGCUGUUGACACAGGAGUGAUGCAGCCGCAGGGAACCCAUCUCUCACAGCAUCACUGUUCAUGGGACUUGUGCUGAGGGUGAGCUGGGGACCUGCCUGGCAAAGGAGAGCUCUUGCCUGGGUUUCCUUGUGCGCCAUGUCUUGGCAGGCGGCUGCCUGGAGUCUCUCUGCAUCUCCGAGGGCUGAGCUAACACCGUACUGCUCCUUGCUCGUCCGAGGCAAGGGCAUGGCUGCAGAGCUGCUAUGGCAUUCACUCGGUUGCUCUACCUAGCACCGCGUGGCUUUGGCAGGCAACCCCUCCCCAGGCACAUCAGUUGUGUUCCCUCACAUGGGGCUUGUGUUAGGGGGCAAGAUCUUCUCCUGGGGCCCAGAAGUAGCACUGGAAAGUUGUGUUCCUACCAUAAGGGUGGGAAGCAGCCACAGCCGCUUGCCUUGCUGCUGCUGUGCUCCAUCUCCUGGGUUGGAAUACCUGCUUUGCAGCUGGCUUGGUUGUGGAUCUGGCUGGCACUCUGAGCUGCAAAGCACGCUCCUGUGUACAGUGUGGAGCAGAUGGGCUACUUGGAUGCAGCUAAUUGCGUUACUCAAUCUGCAGAGUCACAAGCUGGUAAUGAACAGUGUCUCCCCUGCGUAUCCAGCUGAUGUGGAGUCUCAUAGCUGGGAGGGAGGAGUGAUCUCAAUCCCUACACAGCUGCGAGGCUGAUGGGUGAGCAGAGGUCAAGAGGGUGAGCUGGGGCAAGCUGUCCAUCAGCGGCUCUGGCUGAAGUUGUCACCUCCCCAAACUGACACUGCGCCGGAGGUGCUGCUUUGGUGAUGGGGCAGGUGGGGGGCAGCGUUGUGAACUGCUGAUGGAACUGAAAGCACAGCUGGGUUUGAGUGAGGGUAGCUGCUACGUUGCUGUUUUCCUGCUGGUGUGAUCCUGCCCUGGUCUGUCCACCUCUGCCGCACCACCCUGCAGCUUGGUACCGCUCACAGGCCCUGUUUCAGCACACCAGUCUGUCGGGGCUUGCUCCAUUACAGCAGCAGUGCUCUAGGAUUGCAGGGUGGUAACUGGGCAAGACAGGCAAGUAAUGCUUGUACAGUGCUGUGGCCAUGACUGUUAUCCCUGGGUUUCCCCUCUCGUGAGCUGGAUGGAGUCAGAUCUCUGAGGUUACAGAUGCGGCCGGGUUUGCUCCAAUCUGGGAAGGAAAAGCCUCAGAGAUCAGGUUGAUCAAGGACACUGGAGAUGCGUUGCUGGCUGUCUGCAAGUUGAAGCGGGUCUGGAUGCGCCAAGGGUGGUCCUUGCUGCCGUGUCUGUGUUCCUUGUCAGUGCGUGUUCUCUUUCAAAGCCAACUCUCUGCGUUUUAGCCACAAAUGAAAUAGGAAGUGAGGAGGAAGGAGCUGCUGCUGUGGAGUCGGUGCUUGUGGAGCAGACUGUGGAAUUGCCAGGUGGUAGAAGAGAGAAGACAUUUCCCAGAGAAUUUCCCCAAAUCUGAAUUGAUUUUAAAUUAUUCUUUACUUUCUAAGGCUGAGGCUCUUGGCACAGGAGAGGUUUCCCCCGCUCUGCUGAGUCAGUGGUUUGUCGCAUUCAGUGUGGCUGAGGGCUCUGUGUGAAUCCCCUCCCCUGUUUCCCAGGGGGAGGUGGAUCAGGACAUCAGUCCCAGCGGUCCCAUUGCCCUCCAGCUUUGUGGAGCAUGUGCCUUGUUUCACUGUGGAUAGCAGUUUAGCCAGGGAGCCAGGGAAAGAAGGAUGCGACAGCCCGAGGUAGCUGUGGCUUGCUCCCAGCUCUGUCUCUGGGCUGGUCACAUUGGGUUGCAAUGCCCACUGGUCAUAGCUCCACGGUGCUCUGGUUAUGGCAGUGUCCUGCACCCGUGUGCUGCUGGUGGCCAUGGCAAAGCCCCUGUGCAGCGUGUGGUCAGUGCCAGGGCUGACUGCAGCGAGGCUUCUCCCUGUCCUGCAGCUUGCAUAGGUCUGCAGAGACACUGGACCUCGUGCUGCGGAGCUGCAUGCAGAAGGCAUCGCGCACUGCUCGCACCACCGCAGGCUGUCCAGAGAGGGGCUGUGCUUCGGAGGAAGCUCUUGCUCUCCUGUGUUAGGCCUUGCUUCUGGCUUGGAUGUUUGCCCAUGAUCGUAUUUGUGCUAUGUUUAAUCCUAGUGGUCUCGGUGGCAUCCUUCUGUGUGCGCGGCUCCACCCCACAGCUCACAUGGGCUGCGUGGUGCUGGUGCCACCGGCACAGCCAGGGGGAGCCCUGGCUGCCCUCGGGCAGGCUGGGGGAUGCAGAGCAUGGGGAGCACUCCCCAUCUCACCCCUCUUCCUGGGAUGUCCAGGCUGCUACAGCCCAGGGCUCCUUGAAGGGUCAGCCUCCCUUUGGGAUGCAAGCAGUUGCAACAGGUACGCAGCCCUGGCAUAGGAGGUGUGUUUGGAGGGGUCUUUAUUGCUUUGCCAUAUUCAUCUGGGGGGAGAGAUGGGGGGUAUAAAUUAAAGUAAUAAUCCUGCUGCUCCAUUUGCCUGCCUGUCCCUCUUCUGCUGCCCCCCCUUGCACCCCAGUGGUGCCACUGUAGCCCUCGGGGUCCCUCGAGUUAAAGCAACUGCUCAUCUUGCUUGGGACUGGUCGAUUGUACUGUAACAAUACGAUGUGUUAACCUCAGCAUCCUGCCACGCGUCCGUACGUGCUCCGCACGGCAGAGCAGAGGGGGCCUUUAGCUGUUAAUGCCUUUCCAGUUAUCGUAUCAAAAGGAAAAGGACAAAAAAAAAAAAAAAGGAAAACUGUACAUGUAGCAAGCUGUGUUUGCAAUGCUCAUUUCUCCAUCUCCUCCGAGGCUGGUUAUGUCCCUUUGUCACUGUUCUGAAAUGGAUUGCUAGGCUCUUUUUUAAGAGAGGGUUGCUACACUUGGUGUUAAAUGACUCACUGACUCUUUUCUUUGGGUUCCCCCCCCCCCCCCCCCCCAAGUUUCCAGUCCAGGUAAUAGAUGGAUUACUUCCUUUUUUUCCUUUUCUGUUUUUUAUUGUAAAGACAACAUUCAUCUCGGGGCUGGGGGCAGCGUUUCAAUGAGUAGUUUACAGUUUCACUUUCUGCAGACACUUGAACAUAGGACCGAUGUAUCUGUGACAAGCACAUCCCCUCAGUGGGAAGCUCCAGAGGGAGCAGGGAGCACCUUGGGUACUGCCUGCCCUGGGUCCCUGCACUGUCCCCUGUGGUUUACCCUCUGGGUGACAGCCCAAGUGGCACCUCUUGGUCCCUCGAGCCUCCCCGGAGCAGCCCUGCUCCUCUUCCUCCUGUCCUGGUCCCAUUGGGGUUGGAAACCUUUGGAUGCGUGGCUCAGAACCCCUCAUUGAGCUGCGCGUUCACCUGGAGCAAAAGGGGUGUUUCCAUGUGCUGGCCCUUCUCCAACCCCGUGUGUGUCCCAACCUCAGCCUUCUGUUCCCCCAAACUAGAAAGUGUGUGCAACCUUCUUCAGCUGCAUUUAUCGUAGAGACAAACCUAAAAUGACUCAUCACAGACCAUGUAUCACUUGGGAGGAAAAAUCUUGUUAAUAUGGCCCUGCUGUACAUGAUCCAUCUUCUGUCGAUAGAACAUAAUCUUUGACCCAUGUGCUAGGAUCAUCAUCACGUAUAAAAGGAAAAGAGGAAAAAAAAAUGUAAAAUACUUGAAUGAGAGCUUGUAUUAUAACAUUAAUAUUAUUCAGAGUAUCUGCUUUCUAGGCUGAUGUGAUUCAUUAUUCUAGUAAUGCUUUAGUCCUUUGUAAUUUGUGGUAAUUAUGCUUUUUCCUUUUUAAUACAAAAAAAAUGUAUAAAAAUAAAAACUUCAAAAGACAA